AUGGUGGAACAGCUGAAGCGGAAGCAGUACCGCGGCAACAAAGAGGACACGCGGAAAAAGGCGAAGCAGGUGGGGUUUGUCGAGGAGAAGGAUGCUGUCGCUUUGCCGAAGAAGCGGUUCUACCGCCAGCGGGCCCACUCGAACCCGUUUUCCGACCACGCGUUGGAGUACCCCCAGUCGCCAGAACUGAUGGACUGGCUGCGGCUCUACCCGAAGCUCUAUAAGAAUAACCAAGUGGAAAUCGCCGACAUCGGGUGUGGCUUUGGUGGGUUGUUGACGAAACUUGCCCCGGAAUUCCCGGAUAAGUUGAUUUUGGGGAUGGAAAUCAGAACUCAAGUCACUCAGUAUGUUGAAGACAGAAUCAUCGCCCUCAGACAACAGAACUUGGAGCAUGCGGUCAACUACCAGAAUAUUGCCGUGCUCCGGGGUAACGCGAUGAAGUUUUUACCCAAUUUCUUCAAGAAAGGUCAGUUACAAAAGAUGUUUUUCUGUUUCCCUGACCCUCAUUUCAAACAGAGGAAGCACAAGGCGAGAAUCGUCACCACGACGUUGCUCUCGGAAUACGCCUACGUGUUGAGAGAAGGAGGCAUCGUGUAUACGAUUACGGACGUCGCCGACCUCCACCAGUGGAUGGUGCAGCAUUUGGAGGCCCACCCGCUCUUCGAGCGGAUGCCCCACGAGUGGGAGGCCCAGGACAAGUGUGUCGAGAUUAUGUACAACGCCACCGAGGAAGGGCAGAAGGUGCUGCGCAAUCGCGGCGACAAGUUCGUCGCCUGCUUCCGCCGCUUGCCCGACCCCGCCUUGUAA